AUGUUGAAGGUAAGUAACUAGACUUUUUUUUAUUAUUUUGCUUUAGUACUGCCAAUUAAGAAUUCCGUCUCUUCUGUCAGUUAGGACGUUUCGUGAUACCGCUGGAGUUCCCCGAGUAUCUGAUGAUCAUGAGAAACGAAUGCAUAAACCCGUAGAUACUGGAUAUUACUUCCGAUAUCACAGACAAGGUGUUGAUCCUCUUCCUCGAACGCCUGAAUCCAGAGAUCGUGUUUUUCGACCCAAGUACAAGAUUCGAGAUGCCUGGUCCACAGCUUCGGCCAGGUAUGGGGAGAACGACUACAUCGACAUCUUGAAGAAAGACGCGAAUGUACAUCCAGCCCAACUCAUGUACCAUGUUCCCAGAUGGCUGAGAGGAUUUCCUGGUCAGCAUCGAGCAAACGACCUGAUAAAACUUAUCCAUUACAGGUGAGGCAGCGUAAACAAUAAUUUUUAAAAUUUAUUAUGGUUCUCAUUUGAUUCCUUACAGAAACUUAUACAAAGAAAAGAUGCAGAGAAAUUCACCGCAUCAAUGGCAUCAGCUGUGUAAAAGAAUAAGACAUCUACUGCAAUAUCACAAUUAUAAAAAAGCAGACGAGCUAAAUGAGGAGAGAGCUUUGGGACUGUGGAAACAAGAACCUGACUAUUUUUACAAAGACAAGUCUCGUCGUUCCUACCAAGACCUUGUCUGA